AUGUCCCGAAAUCGACCAAGAUCACCAGCACCGGCUUAUAGGUAUUCUCCUGUACAUAUAGCUUGUGUUCAAUAUGAUGUUAAACUCGGUCAAGUAAAAGAAAACUCUUCCAAAGUAGAAUUCUUAACAUCCUCAAUCCGACCAGGUUCAUUAGAUCUUCUCGUCCUACCUGAAAUGUGUUUAUCAGGAUACAUCUUCCCGAACCCUUCUUCCAUCUUACCUUAUCUCGAAAUACAAGGUACAGGACCAACUUCCACCUUGGCUAAAUCUCUGGCAAGACGAUUGAAAUGUUAUGUCAUUGCUGGUUACCCGGAAGCACUUCCUACCACAUCCGUCCCCACAUCUCAAUUUUCGAUCUCUAAGCUGGAGACACCGAAGAGUGAAAAGGAGGUAGAGGAAGAUGAAGGAGUUGGGUAUAAUUCAGCCAUGGUCGUUAGUCCGUCUGGAGAGGUAGUAGGGAAUUACAGGAAGACUUUCAGAUUUGAUACGGAUAAGAAUUGGGCUAGGGAAGGCGACGGGUUCCGAUAUUUCGACCUCCCCGAACCGUUGGGAAGAGUCGCGAUAGGGAUAUGUAUGGAUAUGAACCCGAGAGAUUUCAUUGCUCCUUGGGACGCAUACGAACUGGCUACUUUUUGUCGAGAUAACAAAGUAGAUAUGCUUGUCGUUCCAAUGAACUGGCUUGAUCCCGAACCACCAGCAGAUACACCUCCAGAAGAUUAUCCCAUUCAAAACCCUGAUGAACCUUCGAAACAUAAUAUCAAUUAUUGGCUCGCUCGACUCAACCCGUUACACGAUCCUUCUCCAGGGUAUGAAGCCGGACCAAUCGUACCUGGAGAAGGAAAAGAGGUCAUUUUCGUAGCUUGUAAUCGAGUGGGCGAGGAAAAGGGAACAAAAUUCGUCGGGACAAGUUGCAUCAUGACUCUGUCCACUUCUCCCAGUCGAGUCGAAUUGGUCGAAUGUUGUAACGCAUCUGAAGAAAGGGUUAUGAUAGCUAGCAUACCAUGAUCAUUAUACGUAGUACAUAUGUCAUUUUCAUACAUUUUACAUGCAUCCCAUAUGGGCUUAG